AUGGUAAUAGUGAAUCCGAACAUUAGCCAACGUCAAAUUAACCAUGAAUUAAAUAAGUUUCCUGCGACUGUGAAUAGAAUUUUAUUUGGCAAUCACAUUUAUCCUUAUCACAUUCCACUUAAUAAGGAACUUUCUGAUAAUGAUAAAGUUCUUUAUAGCACAUCCUGCUACGACGAGACUGCAUUUGAGAGCAAUGGCAUAAUAGCCAUUAUUAUUCUUAUAUCAAUCCGCACUGGGUUCCGUCAUGUAGAUAAUCAGCAUCGUUGUUGCAUACAAAACAAACCUAUACACCGGGAAUAUCCCAUAACACAAUUAAUAGAGAGCGAUCCCUCGCUCGAGAUGUUCCGUGAGCUGCUUUUAGGCGGCGGAUCGAAGCCGCUCGACGGCAACUAUGAUAACUUUGGCGAAGCUGAAGCAGAAACGGAAGAAAGAAGUGGUCUUUACUUGCCAUCUGGAACACCGUAUCAUACAACAAGAAGGCAUACAGUUGGACCUGGUGAUACAGCACACCAACCUCCUACAACAUAUCCUUAUAAUCACAUGUCAGGAUAUCAAACUUUACGGCCUCUUCCUAUUCCUCAUUGCAACAUGGAUCCGCAGGUUUUACCACAUACGAAUUUACCAUUAAAUCUUCCAUUAGUUCAACAUCAACCGCCUCAAAAUUUCCAAAUAAAGGAUCAGCAUUUAUUAAAACCACCUCCUGUAAUGGGUGUCACUGGAGGGUUUGGUAGAAGAGCUUCAGAUGGUGGGGCAAAUCUUCAUAUAUUUCAUCAACAACAUAGUAAUAACAUGAAUAACGAUGAAGAUAGCGGCUGGAGUCAACCAGGUAGCAGAGAACAAUUACAGUCUAAGCCCGGGAAAGAAGCGUGGGUCUACGAAAAUAGAGUCGAUAAACUAGCGACAGAAUUAUACGAGGCAGCCACUGACGGUACAGUAUACACUCCGGGAGAAAAGAGAGCUAUCCACGAAUACAUUAAAUCACAAGCGCUAAUUAAUUGCCAACUUGGGCUGAAUGAAAAGCUGCAAAUAGUGCGAUCCCGAGUUCCCACUACGCUAGCUGAAGCUAUUGCCGGAGUAAUGGAGGAAGAAAAGGGUAUAUUCACGAAAAAUGCUGGAAACUGCAUGGGAAGCCUGUCGAAUACUCUACAACUAACCUUAAACGUCACGAAGGGCAUCGAAACACAAACACCGCCUCGACUGAUAGGCGUGGAAUAA